CACACAACUAUACACCUGCUCUGGGUCGGGGGGAGGGGGUUCAGUCUCACAAAACCCCUUUCAUGGAGAUACCCAUAGAUCAGACACCUCCUCAAGGAGAAUGGAAAGAACCUGCCCCAACUUUCAGUACUUUCCGCCCAAAAUAUCCAACCCGGAAGAGCAGAAGAAGCAUGGCACUGCCUAGUUUGCCUCAGGCAUUGGAAGAUGUCCCCUCCAACCACACCAAGGUUUCUCUCCAAAGCCAGGGGACUAUGCCUAUCCCAGGCAAUACCAAGAAAGCUGAGGAAAUCCCUGGGCUAGGGGGACCAUCCCUUCAGGCUGAGACCAGGGCCUGGUUUCAGGAGACCCAGGCACCCUGGUUCUUGCAUGAUGGGGAAGCCCCAGUCUGGUUCCAUGGCUUUAUCACUCGAAGGGAGGCCGAGAGAUUGCUGGAAAACAAACCCCCAGGCUGCUACUUGGUGCGGUUUAGCGAGAGCGCAGUGGCCUUUGUGCUGACUUACAGGAGCCGCAGCUGCUACCGCCACUUCCUACUGGCCCAGCUGGAAGAUGGGCGCCACGUGGUGCUGGGCGAGGACAGUGCCCACGAGCGGCUCCCGGACCUGCUGCGGCACUAUACCCUGUGUCCACUCAGCCCCUACGGGGAGCACCUCACUCAGCCCUGUAUCCGUCAGACCCCUGCCCCAGCCGGUAUCUCCAUGCAGAUAGAAAACUCAGAAUCCAGGAGCGAGGGCAGAAAUGGAGCCACCCAGUACAGCUCAGUCCACAAACAGGAAGCAGCCCCAAGCCCUGUGAAGAAGGACAAUCCUGGACCCAGGGAGUCAGAGGAGCUGCCGAGGCUCAAGCCCCCUAUCCCAACCAAGCCCCAGAUCCGCCCCGAGCUCUACUCCACUCCAGCCCCAAAGGGGUCCCACCCUGCUCCACGCCCUGUGCCCCCUCAUCCCAUCUACCAAGAGCCAGAGGAGCCCAUCGCCUUCUAUGCCAUGGGCAGAGGCAGUAAAAGGGAUGGCCCUGCCAAUGUCUAUUCAGAGGUUGCUCCAUUACCCCUCCAGCACCACUUCCUCCGGAAGUGCCAGUCUCGGCCUGUCACAGUAACCCAGACUCUAGAUCAAGGCACUACCUCCUCCCUCCAGCACCAGCCUCCCCAGGGGCAUACUCUCCCACAUAACUUUUCUCGACAGGUCCCCCAGGACCGGGGACUGGUGCAGCUUCUCCUGGGGUCCAAUAAACAUUGACUAGAGUACGUCAAGCUUUUUGGAUUGGAGAUCUCAUCGGAGUGCAACCCCAAUCCUCUGCCACACCAUGAGACCAUAGCCACUUGCCCCCUGCCAGGCUGCAUCAUCUCCAUCCUGGAUUCCAAGCCUCAGAGACCACAUCUAUAGACAACGCCUCUCCUCCCCCCUCCCGGAGGGCUCAGAGGUCAGAUACCUAGGUUCCCUCAGCCACCCUCUACCCCGUGAAAGACUUUCACCAGCUCUCUCUUAAGAGGAUGAGAAGAGCCAAAGCCAAAGCGCUUUGAAAUCCUCUGAGGUGUCUCGGUUUCUCUUCCUGAAGCCCAGCUUCCUUGGCCCCAAAGCCUUUGUGUCUGGGCCUCAGUCCAAUGCUGCUGUUUUCCAAAGGAAUGGUGUGAUGGGAACAGACGCUGAGGUGUUGUUUUUUGGUUCUUGUCUGGCUAAUAAAUCAUCACUAUA